AUGUCUUCAAUAAAUCUAGUUAAUAAUUCGAUAUUGGCGACGACUAGGCGGGAAAAUAAUAGAUCAGACAAUUGCAUACUAUCUAAUGAAGAUUUUUUGGAUACGCCAUCUAUAACUCAAUGCAAACCAUCAUUUCCAAGAAGAGACAAUAUAUUGCAAAAACAGACAUCGUUCAUUCAAAAUUCAAGGAAUGACAACUGGAAAUCAUUGAAACAUCAACCCUCGAAACUUGACCUCAUAGACGAUACAAAAUUGACAUCACUUCCGUUACCACCCCCACCUAGAAUACGGAGUUCAGGGGCAUCACAUCCAGGCAAUGAUGUUGAGCAUAGCAUUAAAUUUUUGGAGUCAGUUUCAACGUAUAAUAUAGAUGAUGAAUACGAUGAAGGAAUUGAAGAAAGCGAAGACCCAAUAGUUUUAGUAGAGGAUUACAUGACUAGUGAAACCAAUGUCAAUACGGAUGAACAAAAGCACAUUAAUAAGAAGGACUCAUUGGCUGUAUUUAAAGAUCGCAUAUAUCAAAAGGAAGACAGCUCCAGUUUGCCUACAACCUCUGCAACUUCAACUAUAAUCAGCAAACUCGGUAACUCCAAAUCUCCUUUCGAAAGGAGAUGCACAUCUAAUGAACGCGUAUCGAAGACUAAAAUUACAAGAAAAGAACAAAAUCUUGAAGAGAUUUUUGGCAAAAUACCUGGGAGUGAUUCCUUAAAGUAUUGUGAUUUGUGCGAAAAACCACUAUAUGAAAUCAGUUCUUUGAUAGAUAAUAACAUUGAUUCUACUUUGGAAUACCCCACAAACGAAAAGUCCUUGAGCAAAGAAAAUGCCCGUUUAUAUAGUGAAUUUGUUUGCUGGGAAUGUGUUGAGACAUACGAAGAAUUUUUUAAUGAAUUAUGUGCAAACAAAUCGUAUCGUUGUACCAGCCAUGAGUCUAACGAAACUUUUGACAAGCAUAACACAGCAGGUUCCAUAAGACUAUUUGAAAUAUUUCAAGACAUCAACCAGAAAUAUAAUAUCCAAAAUUCCAGUGGACACAGCGAAGAUAAUUUUUCAUCUAAUUUAAUACAAAAGUUGUAUAAAUUGAAUAGCAGUGCAGAUUCAAUACCCGUGAGGAUCUAUAGUGGGUCCGACACAUUUGAUUGGGUAAAAUAUUUACAAUACCAAUUACGAUGGAGAUGGCGAAUAGCUGGCCUAAUUCCAAAUGCCUUUAAAUCUGACCCAGAUCAAAGUUAA